AUGGCGCUCGUAAUUCGCGAGUCAGGCAGCUUAAAGCCAGACAUUCGCCUGGCUCAGGCGGUGUCCGAGUUUGAGGCGCUGCUGACUUCCGAGCAGAAAUCCACAUUCAGGACGUCGCGCGACCGGGCAGUCAGCACGGCACCAACCAUGUCAGAUGUCAUGCGGCUGACGGCAGAGAUCGAUCUCAAAGCUACAAGUAAACAUGGUCGUGGACGAUGUUUUGGGCCAAGAAUGACCAACACGCUUCAAGCUGUUCAACAGUUUGCAGCUUUGGGGGACAUUGUAGUUGGAGGAGGCCAAAAUCUCAUUGCUUGCGGAGUUUGGGCUGUUGCAAGGAUGGCCCUUCAUCUUGGAGCCGGAAAGUCUGUUUUACUAGCUAACAUUGUGGACGAUCUAAAUCUGAGAAACGACACUGUAACUCUUUACUUCUUUGCGAGACACGAUAACGAGGAGAGUAUGAGUCCUAGGACCAUCUUCGGCUCUCUCAUACGACAGCUUUUAGAGCAUGUCGUGAAUGAUAGCAACUUUAGUCAUCUCUUCCCGGUGACUUUAUCUAGGCUUGAGCUGGAUCAUAUUUUUGAUCUCUUUCGCCAAGCAAGACGUGGAGAGGUAUUUAUUGUACUCGAUGGCCUAGACGAAUGCGAAAUGGAGAUUCAACGGAUCGCAUUAGCGUAUCUGGCUAGGCUACGGGAAUCAGGAUAUAAGAUAUGCUUGUCGGUGCGAACGCCUGAGAAUAGUCCAAUUUGGAAAGCGAAAUUGUUUGACUUUCGUGUCUACAUACCGGAAGAAAACCCAGACAUAUCCGACUUUAUACAGGCGGAAGUUGACAACAGAGUUGAGGAUGGAAGACUUGUUACCCGGGAUCCGAAUCUGGUUGAAGAGGUAAAGAAGGAACUUAUUGCUGGAGCAUGCGGAAUGUUUCUUUGGGCAACCUUGCAGCUUGACUCCAUUUGUGCCGAAGUAUUAGACCACGACAUUCGAGAAGCCCUUUAA